ACGACGUCGUAGGAAAUAACGAAUUUAUACCGGAAGUCUAUUGUAAAUUGUAACUGUUUGCGAUAACUUUUAUUUACUGUAACAUUUUUUGGACUUCGUAUAUUUUAAAUAUUUUAUAAUCCUUUCAAGUAGUGUUAAUUUUUUUUAUGGAAAUGAAUGUUACUGAAACUAUGGAAGAAACUCGAGAGUGUGUGCCGAUGAAGAAAGACAUGAAACCACAGGAUGACCAAUGGAAUGAAAGUAAGCAUGACGGCGGAUCAAUAAAGGUGGAUAUGGGCACCACCAUAGAAAAUGAAAACUCCUUGAUAAACAAAUCGGACUCAACCGUGAAGUCGAACGUGAGUUCGAGCAACAAAGAUGAGGAAGUCGGUGAUGGUGGAGACAGCAAUUCCAACAACAGCAACGCUAACAACAACAACCUUGAGGCGGCCUUACGGAACAAUCUGUUGAGGCAGACGGAAAGCCAGGAAAAGUCGAACUCCUCCGAAAUUCAAAAAUCCAAACCGGAAACGUCUCCAUCGGCUUCAACAUCCGGUUCAACUUUGACCCCGGAAAGUGCCAACAACGAUGAAGUCACAUUUCUCGACCCGCGACAAAAUCAAGUGUUUCAAGUUCUGACUGGAGUCCAGCAGUUAAGGAAGAGUGGCCAGUUUGCAGACCUGACAGUGAAAGUUAAAGAUGUAGAGUUUAAGUGUCAUCGUUUUGUUUUGGCUACGAACUCGCCAUUCCUGAAAGCUAUGAUAGAGGAGUACUCUCAGACAGCCAAGUUAGAGGAUGACCAAAGUUCUCUGAGUAUUGAGCACAGUGAUGGGGGUGAUGGUAUCAUGAACAGAGUAGCUCUUUCUCCAGUUGCUAGCAGCUCAAUGAACCAAACCGACAGAAGAAUUGAAGGUGGCGUGAAAGACUUGAUCGUUCUGAAAGGAAUACAAGCAGAUAUCUUCUCAAAGAUUUUAGACUUCAUGUACUGCGUUUUUGAUGACGUCAUCAAUGAAGACAACGCCCUGGAGUUACUUCUGGCAGCCGACACGUUUCAACUAGGUUUCCUCAAGCGGACCUGCGCAGGUUUCAUUACUGACACUCUUUCGACUAAGAACGUGUUUGACGUCGUUGCCUUGUGCGAUGCUGGAUACGCUAGCUUGUUUGAACCGAAAGUAUUGAGACGAAGUCACCAGGUGAUCAGAGAACAUUUCGCUCAGCUGAGUGGCACUGAAGAGUUCCUAACACUAAGCAGACAUCACAUGAUACCCUUGAUAGCUGACAGUAUGCUGCACGCGCAAGAGGAGAUCGAAGUCAUCCAGGCUCUCCUCAGAUGGGUCAGAUUUCGGCCAGAAGAGAGGUCCGCUGAUUUAACUCUCAUGCUGCAACAUAUUCGCUUCCCUCUAAUGACGUCAUGUGAGCUGGAUAAACUUCGGGAAAUCCCGAUGCUACGAGAAAACUCGUUGGCCAUGGCACUGGUGGAAGAGUCCCGAGCUUAUGAACUUCUCGACUGCACAGACCGGCUCGCCUGGCCUCGGCACAACUGUAUCUCUAGGUGUCUCUUCCCCACACGAGACUUCAUCAUCUGGACCGCUGACCGAGACAAGGGACUUCACUUCUACUCCAUCAUUGAUGGCAUCCACCAUAAGGUGACCACCUUUGGAGAUCUGAGCUCCUCCAUUGCUGGUGGUUUUACAUUUGACAGCACUUCCUCCGUGUGUUGCUAUGGUGACCAUAUAUACUUUACAGGUGGAGAGUUUAAUACUGACAUGACUUGGAGUGUCAACAGUUCUACUGGUGAGGUGAAAGUGCUUGCUAAAAUGCCAAGAGGUCGAAAGUUCCACAGUAUGAUCGCUGCUAGAGGCUGCAUUUACUGUCUAGGUGGACAAGACAAACGGGGAUAUUCAGUCCUAGAAUGUGUUGAUGCCUACAUUAUUGACAAAGACGUGUGGGUCAAGGUUGGUCAUCUCUCAGUCCCUGCAUACCACAUGGCCGCAGUCACUAGCGGAGGAGCCAUCUAUCUGAUUGGUGGCUUGGACCACGCCGGGCAGCCUCUACGUAUUAUCCAAUGCUUUGUGGCCCUGAGAUCUGGAUUGUAUUCUGCCUUCAAGGUGGACAUUCCCAACAUGCCCCCAAGUCUGCUGAGUGCACGUGCCAUAACUUCCGGUCUUGACUCUAUGGUGUACAUUGUAUGUGGACAUGGCGAGGUCUACAGGUUUGAACCGGAGACACGUGACCUGGCCCUUCUCACCACGCUUGUCAACCUGAGCGAGAAUCCCAGGGUUCGCUUUGGCCUGGCCCAUAUGGGGGGAUGCCUGGUGGUCAUAGGCGGGCACCAGCUGGGCCACUCCACCCGCGAGCCAGUGAGAUCCGUGUGUUUGGACAUCGCCUCCAAACUGGAGGUCCGCGACUACUCGCCCAUGCUGCCAGGGGAAAUUGUCAACACGUGCGUGGCUGCCAAACUCUGCACAAACAUCCUCAAGUUGUUUAACGAUUAGACGAUGGGCAGAUUAGGGUUAAAGAAGAACGAGCAGAGAGAGAGAGAGAAGAGAGAGAGAAGAGA